AUGCGUAAGAGGUUUCACGGUCUGAAGAAGNNCCCGUAUGUCACUCUUGCUCUGUCCCCACCAUCUCGCUGCGCUGCUGACCUUGCGCAGAAAGUCCGAGCCGACUGGUCAAAAUGGACUCUCUAUAACAUCUCGCGCCUCCAAACUCCCUACGCCGCCUCAAAGACCUUCUUCCAGCAAAAAUGGUUAGCAAAGUCUCUGACCCGUGCCUACCAUGGCGAGCAAAUCCGCGAAGGAAAAUGGACUCGCAUGUUUGACCGUCGCCUCCCCGCUGUCGUUCCCAUGGACUACAAACUCCUCGCCCGUACAGAUGGCUCCGAGCAGGCUGCUGGCCGUGGUUCUGGUCUCAAUAUCUCCAAGAANAAGGAUGCUUCCGAUCGAUCAGAAAGAGAAAGGCCUCCGCAAAGGACUCCUUACAUGCACAUGACAUAUUUCCCGACUGAGCGCAGACUGGAUACUGCCGUCUGGCGUGCUCUAUUCGCCAGCAGCGCCCGCCAGGCAAGGCAAUUCGUCGUCCACGGCUUUGUCAAGGUCAACGGAAAGAAGCCCGAGCGUGUUCUGUUCGCUACCGGCGCACGCAAGCACAACAAGAACUCCCCAGACACACUGCAAGGUCGCGAAGAGCCCGAUGAGGUUGAGCAAAUUGUGGAUGAUGAUGCUGAGGAUAUUCUUGAAGAGUCUGAGGACAAGAAAACUGAAGACGACUCCAAGGCAUCCGCCAAAUCUACCAAGACAACACUAUCAGCCGAGGAGGACCCCAAGGCUGCCCUCAAGUCAUUGCUUGCUCGUGCACAAGACAUUACUAGAGACAGUGANAAAGUCUUGUCUGGCAAGCGCAAGCAGGAUCUACGCGCCUUUGCCAAGUCUGUCAAGCAAACCAUGUCUCGUCUACGACCUUCGGGAAUUGCUAAGCCUGGUACCGAGACGAUUGACUCACUGGAGGAGACGCUGAAGGCCAUCGCUGCCAAGGUGCCUGCUGAAGAUGCACCCGCAGAGGCCGCCCUGCCCGACCAGCAACAAAAACCGGUCAAGAGAGAAGAUGCCUUCCGUGCACGCAAGGACGCCGAGCUACUACACGCUGCACUUGCGCGUGCAAACGAGAACCCGAUUGAUGCGUCAAAGCCAUAUGCCACACCCUGGAGGCCGCGUGAGUUUAUGAGUGCAUUUGCAUUUAUCCCACGUUAUUUGGAGGUCAACCAGAAGAUCUGCAGCGCCGUCUACCUCCGUCACCCAGUCGCUAGACCUGGAUUGGCAGAAGUGCCCACACCGUUUGCCAACGAGACAAUGGCUCUUGCAUUUAACUGGUACCUCCGCAGACGUUGA